GCUCUGGUCAUCGCUGCCACCACUGCUAAAAUGGAGGUGGUUUCAGCAGAAGUCAACAGCUUGCUCCCUGAGGAAAUAAUGGACACUGGUAUAACUCUGGUGGAAGACGACAGCAUUGAGGCGGUUAUCGUGUCGUCACCGAUGGGAGAUUCUAUUCCCAUGGAAACAGAACUGGAAGAAAUAGUGAACAUAAGCUCCACCAGCGAGUCCUCAGCUACAACUACUGCCGUGGUCACCACAGAAUCAGUUACUGCACCCAGCAAUCACUCAGGCGACACAACAGUGAACACCACAACCCCAAAAACUGAUGUGAAUGCAGUAGUAAAGCCUACCUUUCCAAGUGGCCUCCAUAAACUUGGUGCUCAGACCCCCGUCACUAUAUCAGCCAAUCAAAUUAUUCUGAACAAGACCGCCGAUAUUAAAAUAGGCAAUCAGAGUAUUAAACCAGAUGGGCAAAAGCUAAUUGUAACAACUUUGGGCAAGUCUGGCCAACCUAUUGUUUUAGCGUUACCCCACGGCCAACUCCCACAGGCGCAGAAGGCCACGUCCCAAGCCCAAGGUGGAGACUCCAAGGUACAAGGCCAACAGAUCAAAGUUGUUAUUGGAGGUCGGUCGGAAGUGAAACCUGUUGUUGGUGUCUCAGCUUUGACGCAAGGAAGUCAGCUGAUAAACACUGCAGCCCAGCCUUCUGUUUUGCAGACCCAGCAAUUAAAAACAGUACAGAUUGCGAAGAAGACCCGAACCCCAACUUCUGGGCCAGUGAUCACCAAGCUGAUCUUUGCAAAACCAAUCAAUAGCAAAGCUGUUACAGGGCAGACCACUCAAGUGUCACCAGUCAUUGCAGGUAGAGUUCUUUCACAGUCUGCUCCAGGAACACCACCAAAGACAAUAACGAUUUCUGAGAGCGGAGUCAUUGGAUCAUCUUUGAGUACACCACCACAACAGACACCGAAUAAAAUAGCUAUCUCACCACUCAAAUCCCCUAAUAAGCUAACAGUGGUGUCAGUGGCCUCCCAGCCUCCCAACUCCCCCCAGAAGACGGUGGGCGUCCCACUGAAUGUAGCAUUAGGACAGCAGAUCCUCACAGUGCAGCAGUCAGCGCCCUCCUCCCCUGGGAAGGCUAUAGUCAACCACACAACCGCCCAGGCUGUGAAAUCAGCAGUGCAGACCAUUACUGUAGGAGGAGUGGGUACAUCUCAAUUUAAGACAAUUAUUCCCUUGGCAACUGCACCCAAUGUUCAGCAGAUUCAGGUACCUGGAAGCAAGUUCCAUUACGUCAGACUCGUUACUGCCACAACAGCCAAUAGUUCAACCCAAUCAGCCAGUCAAAAUCCCAGUACAAAUACACAACCUCUUCAACAGGCAAAGCCAGUGGUGGUGAAUGCGACCCCAGUGCGGAUGUCUGUUCCCAUAGUGCCAGCACAGACUGUGAAACAGGUGGUGCCCAAACCAAUCAACCCAACUUCCCAGAUAGUUACUACUAGUCAGCCCCAACAAAGACUUAUUAUGCCAGCCACUCCACUGCCACAGAUACAGCCCAACCUCACCAACCUCCCACCGGGCACUGUACUGGCACCAGCACCUGGCACAGGAAACGUCGGGUAUGCAGUCCUUCCAGCUCAGUAUGUCACACAGCUACAACAAUCAUCAUAUGUAUCUAUAGCAAGCAACACUGGCUUUACAGGGACAUCUAGUAUCCAAUCCCAAGCACGGCUGCCAUUCAAUGGAAUAAUUCCUUCUGAAUCUGCAAACCGCCCCAGGAAGCCUUGCAAUUGUACUAAGUCUCUAUGUUUGAAAUUGUAUUGUGAUUGUUUUGCAAACGGUGAAUUCUGCAAUAACUGCAACUGUACAAAUUGUUAUAACAACCUGGACCAUGAAAAUGACAGGCAAAAAGCAAUAAAGGCCUGCCUUGACAGAAACCCUGAAGCCUUCAAGCCCAAAAUAGGGAAAGGAAAGGAAGGAGAAUCGGAUCGGAGACACAGCAAAGGGUGUAACUGUAAACGCUCGGGAUGUCUCAAAAACUACUGCGAAUGUUAUGAGGCAAAAAUCAUGUGUUCUUCCAUAUGCAAAUGCAUUGGCUGUAAAAAUUUUGAAGAAAGCCCAGAGCGAAAGACAUUGAUGCAUUUAGCAGAUGCUGCAGAAGUUAGGGUCCAGCAGCAGACCGCUGCAAAGACCAAGUUAUCUUCCCAGAUCUCAGAUCUGCUGACAAGGCCAACACCAGCACUCAGCAGUGGUGGUGGGAAGCUGCCCUUUACAUUUGUAACCAAGGAGGUAGCUGAUGCAACCUGUGAAUGCCUUCUUGCGCAGGCAGAGCAAGCGGAGAAGAUGGGCAAGUCAAAAGCUGCAGCAGAGCGCAUGAUCCUGGAAGAGUUUGGACGCUGUUUGAUGAGAGUUAUUAACUCUGCAGGGAAGUCCAAAAGUGACCCUUGUGCCAUGAACUGCUGACUCGUGCACAUGAGCCACAACGAAGUGGACUGAACAGAACACUUAAGGCACAGGGACACUUUUGUUUGGCAUAGAAGAUUUAAUAAUAUUUGUUAAUUUGGUGCUUGUUGUAAAUUGACCUGCAUAAGAUUGAAACAAGAAAAUCUUUUAUAACAAGA